ACUAAGACCGUAGAGGAGUCUAUUCAUGUUGUCUUUGAUGAAUUUGAUGCUCGCUUGGCGAGAAAAGGUAUUGUUGAUAAUGUUGCAGGUUCUUAUGAUGAUGAAGAAGAAAUCGUUAAGGAAAAGGAACCGGAAAAAGAGAAAACGCAGGAACAAACGGAGCUUCCUAAGGAAUGGAGAACAUUGAAGAACCACCUGAUUGACAAGAGGAAGGAUGCCAAGGUGCAAGAACGCUUCAUCGCGUCAAGAAUCGGCGGCAAAAAAGGGUGAGAGGCCAUGGCGUCGUGAAGGGAGCAAAUACAUCCACGUACAAACCGGACUCGCUUUCAACACUGGGGCUUCAGCCGAGAGGUUCCACAACACCUUUCUCACAAAGGAGAUUGUCUCACCUAAGAUUGUGGACAAGGACCUCUUCAAAUUGGCGACCUAUGCCCCGAAAAGUGAGGCUUGUGUGAUUCAAGUUCUCAAGUUGUACCGGUUUUUCAAGCACCCGUUGAAGCUUGAAGAUUAGUAGGACUUUCGAGAGAGUCUCUCGGAGGACUGGACUAGCCACGAGGUGGUGAACCAGUAUAAAUCUCGGUGUUCUUCUUUCCCUUACUCUCUUUAUUGAUUCCUGCGAUUUUAUUAUUUCACACACGCGAAAAACGCACAUUCUUGAAAAGAACUCUAUUCACCCCCCCUCUAGAGUUGCACAUUUGUCUAACAUGAACAUCAACCUAAGUCUAUGAACAAAUGUAAUAUGUGAAGAAAAUUAGGUUUGCUUA